GCUUGUCCAUGGUAUUGAAACAAGUUUGGGUAAAUGAAAGAACUUAGUGUAACAAAAGGCGCAAUACUAAGAAAAUGUCUAAAUUUCUUAGUUUAAGUAUUGGACUUUUAUUUUCAUGGAUUUGUCAGGUAAGAUGUGCAGAGUCGGAAUUAAGUGCUAAAGUAGUGUAUGAACUGUUGUCAUUAAGAAUAGACAAUGUUGUUCGUGAAAACAAUAAUCUAAAAUCUGAGCUGAAGGAAACCAAGGCAGUUGUUUAUAAACUCGAGAAUAAAAUCGAGAGAAUGGAAGCAAACAUUUCAUUUACAGCAAGUAGAGUGACAAGUUAUGAGGAAGAAAAUUCAACAACUUUAUUAAAUGAAAAGAUCCAGGCUUUUGAAGAUUUAUCUGCGACUCGACUUCAAAAGCAAUUUAAGACAGAAGCAAUUUUAUUGCGGAAAAUGCUAGUUAACGAGAAGUCACACAUGAAAGAUAAAUUGAUGGCAUUUGAACAAAAGUUUAACAGCUUUCAGUCGGAUCUCGUAAAUAAUUUAAAUGAAAUGAAUACCUCAAUAGAAACCACUGUUGACAAUUUAGAAAAAACAAUUUACGAACAUAACAUAACAACAAUUACUAGACUAGUGUCAAUUGAGGAUAAACUUCAAAGUCAACUAAAUGAAACAGACCUUCUCAUACAAGAAAUGAAUGAAGACUUCCAGCAUAAACUAACAGAAUCGGACGCUAGAAUAGAAGAAGGGAACAUAAAAUUAUCUGAGAAUAUAAAUGAAGUUGACCAGCGUCUAACCGCUGCAAAGACGAAUUUGCAAAGUACAUACAGUGGUCUAAACAACCGGCUGUAUAGCGCUGAGUCAGUCUCGUCAAGUUUGCAAAGUACAUACAGUGGUUUAAACAGCCGGCUCAAUAGCGCUGAGAGUAAACUUCGAUCAGUCUCUUCACUGCAAGACAGACAGGAAAACACAUUUUCUGGUCAAAUUAGUGCUUUAAGCAGACGAAUCUCUGAAGAAGAAGGUAAGUCUUAG